ACAUAUCCAUCAAAUAAUUAAAAGAGACAGGCGGCUGCUUACUAACACUUGAAAUGGCCUCUUCCAAGGUUUUCUUCAUCAUCUUUGCUAUUUUUGCAGCCUCUGUUGCUUUGAAUUUAGCAACUGAGCAUAUAAUUGGAGAUGAUAAAGGAUGGAGACUUCAAUUACCAGGCUUGGGCAGCAGCAAAGAUUUCCGGGUUGGAGACCAACUUGUUUUUAAGUAUCAAGAAGGAGCCCACAAUGUGCUUAGAGUUGAUGGAACUGCAUUUCAGCAGUGUGCAGCACCAGCUGCAACUCAGGCCCUUACCUCUGGAAAAGAUUAUAAAUCUCACCACCCCAGGACAAAAAUGGUAUAUUUGUGUUAUUGGGACGCACCGUGCCUCCGGAAACAUGAAGCUGGCCAUUACUUUGCUAGCUGAAGGUGAAUCCCCUGGUCAUUCACUGGCUGCUAGCCCAGACACAUCAGCUGCAAGAACAAAUGCUGCACCUACAUACUACGGCUGGAUUGUGCUUAUUCUUGGCAUUAUUGGGUUGGCUUAAUGCCAUAAGUAGUUAGAUGUUGGGAAUUCGAAUUUACUCCUGUUUGUUGCCUUUUGAUUUGGGGAAUUUGAUUCUAUUGUCUUUAUUUGUUUUAGUCCAGACAUAUAUGCUGGAAUCCAGAACUUUAUAGUCCCAUAUCUUUCCAUUCAAUUAAGACGACAGUGUUAA